AGCCGCCACUCUGGAGCACGGUGGAGGAAACAGAGCAGCCCUGCACCCGGAAGCCCCAGGAGACACCUCGCUCUGAAGCCAUGACUGCCUAGGCUCCUGCCUUUUAUAAGCCAGCCAGCCAGACACCGGGAGUGUUUUAUUCACAGCAGCUGUGCCACAGAGCGGCACUGCUAUUUGGACUACAGAGGUUUUACUCAGUGAAGGUAAAGGGAAAUGGGGUUGUGGACGAGGUUGUUAUUCCUCUUGCAGAUGCUGCUACAGCUGUACAUAGGUGUACAAGCCGAAAGCUCAAUUUAUGACCUCCUGGCAUCACCGGAGUGUUUGCCAGACUUGCUUCAGGGAGGACUGAAGGGUCAGUCUGUGAAUGAGGCUUUUAUUCUGACAUCAUUCAAGCUGCAGCCCAAGACUGGAACCACAGUGUUUGGCCUUUACAAUCCCAGGGACAAUGGAAAAUAUUUUGAGUUUACAGUUUUGGGGAAGCUCAACAGAGCGACUUUGCGGUACUUGAGGAGCGACGGACGGAUGAGCACCGUCACCUUCAACAACGUGCCGCUGGCGGACGGGCGUCGCCACAGCCUCAUGUUCCGCUUCAAGGGCAUGCAGCACGGCUCCGUCGGCACGGAGCUGUACGUGGACUGCCGGCUCGUCGAGACCGUGGCGGACCUGCCCGCCGCCUUCCGGGGCCUCCCGUCAGGACCCCCUGCGGUGGAGCUCAGGUCCAUGCAAAGGAGACCCCAAGAGGAGCUGGAAGAACUGAAGCUUGUGAUUGGAGAUUCAUUUGAAAAUGUUGCUUCCUUACAAAACUGCUAUUUUCAACAGAGUGACGCAGUACAAGUUUUGGGUGUCAAUACAAAGCAACUGUCCAAUCAAAUGCUUGAGCUCACCAAGGUCAUUGCCGAACUAAAAGACAUUAUCACCCAGCAGGUCAAAGAGACUUCUUUCCUGAGGAAUACCAUUUCGGAAUGUCAGGCCUGUGGACUGGGCGGCACAGAUAAUGUAUUGAAGCCAAGGUGUGCCCCUGGAGUGUGCUUCCGAGACGACAUGUGCUUUGAGACAACAGAUGGGGUAGAGUGUGGGCCUUGUCCUGAUGGAUACACUGGCGAUGGAUUCAGAUGUGAUGACGUGGAUGAGUGCCAGUUUAACCCUUGCUUCCCUGGAGUGCGCUGUGUCAACACAGCCCCAGGCUUCAGGUGUGAGGCCUGCCCUCGAGGCUACACUGGGCAGAUCCUCGAGGGGGUGGGCAUCAUCUACGCACAAACAAACAAACAGGAGUGCAACGAUGUUGAUGAGUGCCAGGGGCCCGACAACGGUGGGUGCGCGGCCAACUCCCUCUGUCACAACUCUAUGGGAUCAUACCACUGCGGAAGCUGUAAAGAUGGCUUCACAGGGGACCAGGUGAAGGGCUGCAAGCCAGAGAAGAGCUGUGGGAACAGCCUGCAGAAUCCGUGUGACGUCAACGCGCAAUGCAUAAUGGAGAGAGACGGCAGCAUUAGCUGCAUGUGUGGAGUUGGCUGGGCUGGAAAUGGAUACUUGUGUGGCAAGGACACAGACAUUGAUGGCUAUCCUGACGAGAAGCUCAAGUGCAAAGACCCAACCUGCAGAAAGGACAAUUGUAUCUUCGUCCCCAACUCAGGACAGGAAGAUGCAGACAGGGACGGGCAAGGGGAUGCGUGUGAUGGGGACGCGGAUGGAGAUGGAAUUAUAAACGAGCAGGACAACUGCUAUCUGAAGCCUAACGUAGAUCAAAAGAACAGUGACAAGGACACCUAUGGAGACGCCUGUGACAACUGCCGCUUGGUUGUGAACCCAGACCAGCGCGACACAGAUGGUGAUGGGAAGGGGGACGCGUGCGAUGACGACAUGGAUGGGGACGGCCUGAAGAAUUUCCUGGAUAACUGCCAGAGGGUCCCCAACCGUGACCAGCGGGACAGAGACAAUGAUGGAGUCGGGGAUGCUUGUGACAGUUGCCCCGACAUUCCCAAUCCCAACCAGUCGGAUAUUGACAACGACCUUAUUGGAGACUCAUGUGACACGAACCAAGACAGAGACGGCGACGGGCACCAGGACUCCAACGACAACUGUCCCGACGUCAUCAACAGCUCACAGCUGGACACGGACAAAGACGGCAUGGGGGAUGAAUGUGAUGACGAUGACGACAAUGACAACAUCCCUGACUUCCUCCCGCCUGGACCUGACAACUGCAGACUGGUGCCCAACCCUGACCAGAUUGAUGAUAAUGGUGAUGGGGUGGGAGAUAUCUGUGAAUCAGACUUCGACCAGGAUAAGGUGAUCGACCGAAUCGACAUCUGCCCUGAGAAUGCAGAGGUCACCCUGACUGACUUCAGGGCCUAUCAGACUGUAGUGCUGGACCCCGAGGGGGAUGCCCAGAUUGACCCCAACUGGGUUGUCCUCAAUCAGGGUAUGGAGAUUGUACAGACAAUGAACAGUGAUCCUGGACUUGCUGUAGGUUACACAGCCUUCAGUGGGGUGGACUUUGAGGGCACCUUCCACGUGAACACGGUGACGGACGAUGACUACGCUGGCUUCAUCUUUGGGUACCAGGACUCCUCCAGCUUCUAUGUGGUGAUGUGGAAGCAAACGGAACAGACCUACUGGCAGGCCACACCCUUCAGAGCUGUGGCAGAACCUGGCAUUCAGCUCAAGGCUGUGAAAUCACAGUCCGGACCAGGAGAACAUCUGAGGAACUCCCUCUGGCACACGGGAGACACCGAUGACCAGGUGCGGCUGCUGUGGAAGGACCCGCGUAAUGUGGGCUGGAAGGACAAGGUCUCCUACCGCUGGUACCUCCAGCACAGGCCCCAGGUCGGGUACAUCCGUGCCCGAUUCUAUGAAGGCACAGAGCUGGUGGCAGAUUCUGGGGUGACCAUUGACACAACCAUGCGAGGAGGCCGGCUGGGUGUGUUCUGUUUCUCUCAGGAAAAUAUAAUCUGGUCCAACCUUCGGUACCGGUGCAAUGACACCAUCCCUGACGACUUCCAAGCAUUCAAUGUGCAGCACACUGACGAACCUCUUUAAGCAGAUACAGAAGAGUAACGAUGAAGCAAUGGGACCAAAAGGGAUACAUCCUGCACAAACUCCCUGUGGAAGGACAUAAGCACAGUACGCAUUAGGAAAAUAGUUUUUGUGCACAGAUCCAACUGUGCGUUUCACAUUUGCCGUCUUAAAUAAAAAGAUGUAUGUAAUUCACUUUCCAAACUUAAUUUCAAUCUGAAUUCACGUAACAGAAAAAGUAUUCAUACAAUGUAUAUCAGUAUUGUUUAAAAAAUCUGACACUUGUCUUUGAAAUGUUUUUUUAUUGAAAUUUUAAAUAAAAAAAAGCUAUUAAAACAUU